AUGGCUAGUGUUAGCACUAUGACUUAUAAGUUCAAUGUGAAUGGGGAGUUUACUAAGUUCCUACAAGCCAAGAGAGGGAUUAGACAGGGUGAUCCUAUAUCACCCAUGCUCUUUGUGUUAAUCAUGGAGUAUAUGAAUAUGAUCAUAGGAGAUACCACUUUAGUAGAGAUGAUGCAUGAUGCUUUCAGGACCUUUACUCUAUCUGCAGGCCUUAUUGCUAAUCCCAGAAAAAGCAAGAUUUACUAUGGAGGCAUUGAUACCGGACAGAAAAGAUUGUUGCAGAAUCUCAUUGGGUUUCAAGAGGGUGAACUUCCUGUUAAGUACUUAGGAGUGUCGCUCACUUGUAAAAAGCUGACCAUACAUCAAUAUCUUCCUUUGAUAGAGAAGAUUGUGGGGAGGAUACAUCAUUGGACUACCAAGCUUCUCAGUUAUGCAAGGAGGAUUCAGUUGGUUAAAGUAUUAUCAGAGCCUGGAUGCAGUGUUUUCCUUUCCCAAAAAGUUUGA